UUAUAGGUUAAAACUGUACUGAAUUUGACACAAUGCAGCUUUUAUAUCAACUGUUUGCUUUGUAUGGAGAUGAUUUCCACUUACUUUUGAAUCAAUAUUCACAGAUAGCGGUCGUGAUUGGCAUCCCGACUUGAUUAUGGGGAAAACAUAGGUGGAUCCUCACAACCGCAUUUGUUUGAUAUACAGGUGGUAAAAUCUAUUGAAAUGGUCAUAUGCUUGAAGUUACCCAUUCCAGUUAUUUAAAGCGAUCAUACUUUUCUGACAUUGGGACAUUUAUUCAUGCAUACAGCGUUUCUGUUCAAAGAAUCGUUAAAAAUGGACUGCAUAAGGAAAAAGACAUCCGUCGGAAUUCUGACAUUUAUAAUAGUAAUACUACUAUCAACAGAUGCACAUGGUUACAUGAAAAGAAAUUCCAUUUGGAAGGAAAGCGUAACAGAAGAGAACCUUAUCUAUAAUGAUGGCGUUGUGUUUACACAACAGACGUCAAGCGCCAUUAGGUGUGCACGUGCCUGUCAAUCACACCCCAUUCCGUGUUUAGACAUUACCUACACGACCACGACCGAGGAGUGUCGAGGGUACAGCGGACUGUCAAAUGACUCUGUCAGUCAAGCGAACACUAAAAUGUGGCGACACGUCUGUCGUCUGGACGGGUACACAUACGACCCAACCUUCCGUGUGUGUAUUCGUCUGUACACCACCGCUAAGACCUGGUUCGAAGCUUCGGAGUCGUGCUCUAACGACACAGCAUAUCUCCUCAUACUGGACACACUGGAGAAAGUGCAGGCUACAAAAACUGGUGCUCACAGGGACUUCUUCGCAGCGACGAAUGACUGGUGGGUGGGAGGCUACGAUUAUGACGGUGGACCCGCAAAUGACUUCAAAUGGAGCAAUGGUGAAAGUAUUGCCAUUCCUAGUGAUAUUUGGUUUCACCCAUCCCAGCCGAGUGACGAUUCCGAAAGGUGUAUCAAUCUGUUUAGUUAUCCUACUCUUUUUGGACUCAAUGACUAUGUGUGUUCACUUCAAAUGUGUUAUGCAUGCCAAGAGGACAUUCAAAAGCAAUAAGAAAUUCGCUAAGGGGUAUAUAGACAGCAAAUCCAGUUAAAACAGUUAUUCGGUAUAACAGUGAAACAAAAUAAGUGUUUAUAAUACGUACAUAAAGUCAAAUCCGGUUAAACCAAUGCUCCUACCAUGUGCUACAGACACUUAUGAGCAUAAAAGCUUGGCUAUUUUAUAAGUUUAGUAAUUUGUGUGACUUAGAAUUAUUCCAUGCUGCAUCUUACUAUAAAGUAACUCUACAGAAAAAAAAUGUUAGCAUCUACAGGAAAGUAUUGGUGAUUUUAAGAAAGUCUGUUCAAACAAACAUUUUGGUGUAUUAAAUGACUAUUUUUGUGCAUUUUUUUUAGAUAUUUAUUCGUGUUUGAAAUUCAUCAUUAUUUUGCUGGAUAGAUGAUCCUUAAUAUAGGUGAUAUGAAAU